UGCAUGAAUAAUGCAGAGUAACUUAGAACCUGCAUUGGAAGAGCUCUUACGAAGCUGCUGCUUUUAUUAUGAGUUUCCUUGGGAGGGCAGCAAAGGACAACCAACACAUUCCUUGUAUAAUCCAGUGCUGGAGUUCACUGGAAGCUGUAUAAAGAGGCCUCUGAUGUAAGAGGUCUUGUGACUAUACCAAUGUGACCAUAUGGCCUAGCGCACACUCCACCGACAGAGCAACAAUCCUCUUAACAAUAGACAAAUGUCCAGCAAGACUUCUAAGAAAAUACAGACAAUGACUGAGCUGGUGGAUCAGACUGAGAACUGUCUGCUUGAAUGCAAGGUGUGCUUUGAAAAAUACAACCAGCAGAAAAAACACCGGCCAAGGAACUUACCAUGUGGGCAUGUGAUGUGCUUGGAGUGUGUUAUGUCUUUGACUCACCCCCGGACCUUUAAGUUGGAGUGCCCAUUUUGUCGCAGAGCCUGCAAAUCAUCUGAGACCAGCGACUGUUUGCCGUUGCUGCACCUGAUGGAAAUCCUGAGCCUUCCUCUUAAUAAUGCUCCAGUUCCAGGAAGCAGCAUAGGGAGGACAACCGAGGACGUGUCAACACCAGCUUCUCAGGUUUUGACCUUCUCUCUUUCCUUUGGAGGAUGGGGGACGCUGAUCAAUCCAACAGGAAUUGCCGUGUGCCAGAGGUCUGGCUGUGCAGCAGUGGUUCACGAUGGCAAAAAGAGGAUCAAGCUGUUCACUUUCACUGGGAACUGCAUGCAACAAUUUGGAGAAAGAGGACAAGCAGGAAAUGACAUCAGGUACCCAAAUGACAUCACAGCCACAUUGGAUGGACAUAUCGUCAUCACAGACAGCGGGGAUGGUUCGGUCAAAGUAUUUGAUUUUAAUGGCAGGGGCAAGCUGGUCAUCUCAGAGUCUUUUUGCUUGCCCUGGGGUUUGGACACUACACCUCAGAAUGAUGUUAUCAUGACUGAUUCAGAGGCAGGUACUCUGUAUUGCUUAAGUGCUGACUUCAAAAAAGGGGAACUAAAGGGAGUGAGAAAACUGCAUUCUAACCUGUGCAACCCAAGAAAAGUGGCUGUUUCUCAGACCUCUGGUGCCAUUGCGGUCAUAGAACAUUUGAUGGCCAAAGGACCAAGCUAUGGCAGCACAAGAGUGAAAGUUUUCAGUGCAGAAAUGCAAAUCCUUGGUCAGGUGGACAGUUUUGGUCUGAAUCUAGUUUUUCCUAUCAAAAUUUAUGCCAGUGGUGUGACCUUUAACAAAGAAGGUCUUAUAGUAGUAAGUGAUGCUUACAACCAAGCAGUAUUCUGCCUAGGAAAACCUGAAGAAUUCCCUGUAUGUAAGCCUGUAAUCACCCAGGGUCUUUCUUACCCCUUGGCAUUAACAUUCACACCAGAUAACUCUCUGAUUGUGUUGGAUGGUGGUGAUCAUUCCUUAAAAGUAUACACCACUAGCUGAAAUAUUGGUAAGGUAUCACAAGGUAUGGGGGAAAUGGCUCCAGACCCCAGCCUUAUACAAAGAAUACAUGGAAAACCUUCAGGCCUUGUAGGAAUAACUGAAACAAGCCUUCUCCCCCAACUCCACCCCACCCUCAUGAACCACUUCGGGGAUUAUGAUAAUCUGAGAAGGCCCUGUUCUCGGUCCCACCUCCUUCACAGGCAUGAAGGAGGUGGGGACAAGAGGCAAGGCCUUCUCAGUGGUGGCCCCUUGGCUGUGGAACUCCCUCCACAGUGAUAUUAAAUCAGCCCCUCCCUCCAGGCCUUCAGAAAAAAAGUGAAAACGUGGCUUUGGGAUCAAGCCAUCAAAGAAUAAUUGUAAUGCAAUAGAUGGGUACAGAAUAUGUGCAAUGACUAUUGGAAUGGCCCCAGAUUACGAUUGUGGAUGUGUGGUUUUAAUAGUGAAUGUAAAGUUUUAAAUGUUUUAAUGUGUAUUAAUUUUAAUGUUUAUUUUAAUUGUAUGUUGUUUUUAAGGCAUGGAAUAGUUGCCUAUGUGUAAAGCGAGUCCCCUUCGGGGUUGAGAGAGGCGGGGUAUAAAUCUGGUAAAUUUA